AUGAAGUUCGGCUCCGAGUUCCAAGAAGCUCUACGAAAAGAGGAAUUCCCAUCACAAUGGGUGAACUCGGCCAUCAACUACAAGAAGCUCAAGAAGUGUAUCAAACGAGUCAGGGAGGAGUUGCACAACCUUGGCCUUGAUCCUGAAACGCUUGAUGCUUUGUGGCAACAUGUAGGCACGAACGUCACAGACUCAUCUGCCAAUUCUGAGCAGCGGCUUCUGCAUUACCAGUUCACUGCAGAAUCAGGGCCACGUUUUGUCCCUAAGCUAACAAUAGCCCUUGACCCUAAGGAUGGUUCGCCAAUGGAUGCCUGGCUGAGUCCGGACACUAGGAGGGUGUUGCAACAGGUUGGACGAAACAGACGACGCGAAACCAGGAGGCCUUCAGCUCAUCCGGAUCAGAUUCACAGAACGAAAACAUCCAACUCAAGUUCAGCCGCCUCGGUUGACACGAGUCCAGAUCGUCAUCUUGUGGACAAUAACAACAAAGACUUCGCGCAUGGCACUUCUCUAGAAACCACUUCUGAAGCCAAUACAGAAGAUGAGGAACAGGUGGAGACAAUUGAAAUCCCCUUGACCUCGGAUUCUGAAUUCUUCCAGAUCCUACGUGCAGAACUAAAAGCACUAGAGAACCUUCAACACGAGGAGCAACAUGUCAUCACAACAGAUAUUGAGUCUCUAUCUCGAGAUCUACAAGUUCUCAAAGCCUCUGCGCAGAAAUCAAAGUGGUCGAAGAAGGAACUCGACAUAUGGCGAGAAAUCUUUCGGCUAUACAUCGAAAGCGAAGUAUUCAUGUCCGACCACGAGUCCGACGCAGGCGCACGCACAGCCGAGAAAGCAGAAGAACAACUAGCCCUCUUCCAGAAACAGCUGCGAGACAUUAACACCAACCCACCCAAACCCAAAACCAAAGAAGCACACAUCGCGCUCGAACGAUUCAUGAACAUCAACACCACUCUCCUACGUCUCCUCAAGUUCCAAGAACUAAAUCGCAGAGCCCUCGCGAAGAUCAUGAAGAAAUUCGACAAAAAGACCAGUCUACACGCCAUGGCACCAGUCACAAAAGCAGAUCUCCUGCGCAACUUCAACACAGAUCCUACGGCCGUCGUCUCGCCCCACGACCUCGCUCGUUCAACCGCUUUCACCAUCUCACAGAACCUAUUAAGUCUAAUACCCCAGCUCAGCGACUACCUCUGCCCAAUAUGCUGCUACAUCACCUACAAACCCGUCAGACUACGCUGCAACCACGUCUUCUGUAUACGCUGUAUGAUUCGUAUGCAGAGAGAUGAAAAAGACGAAUGUCCGCUUUGUCGGCAGAGGGUGGUCCUGGAGGCGUCGGAGGACAAUCUUGACAAGGACCUCAAGCACUUUUUGAAAAAAGAGUUUAGAGCAGAAGUUGAUGAGAAGAAGAAGGAGAAUGAGUUGCAGGCUGGGAAGGAGCUUUUUGGUGAGGAUUAUCAGGGCACGCAUAAAUGUGUUGUGAUGUGA